AUGGAUAUGAUAAAUUACCGAAACAUACAGACUGCUAAACUAAACAGCAAGAUCCUCGAGUUAAAAGGAUCGAUCGUCACGCUUGGUGAGUGUAUCGAAGAAAAAGUAAUCAAGUGUUUACGGGAGAACAACGAUGACCUUCAAAACAGCCUGGAGCGAAAUUCAGUACCGGCAAGCAGUACCGGAACAGGUGGGGGCACCGUUAGCGAAGUGAGUUUUGUGGGAAAGGUGAAAUACGUUUUCAAAACCUGUUACGAUUCAUUUUUCGAGGGAUACGUAAAAACGAACCUAGUUAAAGAGGCUAUAAAACAGAAGAACGAUGCACUGGAUGAUGAUCUGGAAGUGCGAUUAGCUGAAAUGGAGAGAGAGUGGAGUGCGGUGAGAAAAAGUUGCGCUGAAUACCAGCGACAAAAUGCUGCACUGAACAAGGAUUUGAUCAGACAGAAGCGGGAUUUUCUCAACUUGACUUCGGAAAAGGACCAGCUUAGCCAGCGAAACUUGACGUUGAAUGUGGAAUUUAAUAAUUUAAAAGAGGAGUAUGAAUCCAUGAUGCAAAAGUUGGACUAUCUGAUAGUUUCGUUAAACGAGAAUUGCAAGACCGGGGAUUAUUCGUCAUGGAUUGAGACCCUGGACGAUUUAGGCAGUUAUUUGGGUGCGUUGAAGGCAGAUAAAGAGCGCAUAGCAGCGUUAAAUAUGAAAGCGACUGUGGAAAAAGAUGCACUGCAAAAGCAGAUCUUGAACGGAGAGAUUCAGCAAACGUGCUUGCAAGAAAAGCAAGUCGAAGCUGAAGCUAAAAUACGCCUACUUCGCGAUGAGCUUGAUCAAAGCAAGCGUGAAUUGGAUGAACAAACUCAAAAUGUCAGCAGUGUCGAGCAAGAAAAAACUAAUUUACAGGAAAAGGUUGAUGUUUUGCAAGAAGAGCUUCUGCAAACCCAAUCAUCUUUGCAAGCUACUUUGAAAGAAUUGGAGGCUACUAAGGAAUCCUUGAAAGUUGACGAAGUUGAAGCACUUUGCGGCGAAGAAAAGCUUUCCGACGUUAAGGAACGUAACACAUUGCUGAUUUACGGUUUGGAGAAACAAAAUGCAAUUCAACAAUCGCUUGGGAAUGAUCAGCACCAACUCGAGAGCAAGAUUGUUCAACUCGAGACGGAUUUGCAGCUUCAAACAAAUCUGCUGGAGCAAGCUCAACAAAAGCAGGAUGAGUGCAACGCACAGAACCGUCUUCUUAGCGAUCGCAUUUCUGAUCUACAGGCUAAAAACAACGACUUGGAACAGACCAUUGUCAAGCAACGAAAUAAGUCGGAAAACAAUUUGGACCAAAUCGAUAUAUUAACAAUGUUGGAAGUUGAGGCUCAGCGAAAUAAAAUACUGGAACGUGACAUGAACGAUAGACACGAACAGGAUCAGCGUCUGUUGAGGGAGAGUACGGAAGAGAAAGAUUUGCUUGUUGCUGCCAACCGGUCGUUGUUAUCCGGAUUGAUCCUAAUCCAAAACGGUAUUAAUUCGCUGGGAAAAGAAUACGAACUUAAAAUCGGUACCCUUCAGCAAAAACUGGAACAACUGGGGCAAAGAACCAUGCAGGAAAACUUACAGCAGCUGCGGGACUGUUUGAGCUCGAAACAACAGCAACUGGUUUCGUUGCAGUCGGAGUUGACCUCCAUGAAAGACAUUAUACACAGUUUAAACAUUGAUAACAGCAACCUUCGGUCGAGCCAUGACACGCUACAAACUAAACUACGCAAUCUAGAACUAGAAAACGCAGAGCAAAACAAAAAGAAUGACCAGUUGAAGCGGUCACUUAGCAAAACUGAGCUCAAACAUCAGGAAGACAAAUCCAUGAUGAAUUUUAUGCUCGACAAAGUGAGAACCUAUAAGCAACAGGAAGGCGACCUGCGAAAGCGGAAGGAGCUGCAUCAACAGGAGCAAGAAAUUAACAAGAAAUACCAGAUGGACAACGAGAUCUUGCGAGCAAAGCUGGCCAAAAACCGCAAGAAGGCUGACGAAAUGGAACGACAGUGGAACACCGAUCGGAAGCACCUGAUGGCCAAGUUGACUGAUUCGACGAAAACGGCCGAAAAGAUGAUGCAGGAAAUUCGUACCGACUACGAGAAAAAGUUGGACAAGCUGAAAGAUAUGGGGGAUCACCUUGAACAAGCGUUGCAGAAAGCAACUAAAAAACGCGAAACGGACCGCAAGGAUAUGAAAGCACUGUUGGCACAUGAAAUGAAAAAAUUUGCUCAACUAGAAAUUCACACCGCCGACGUUCAGCAGCAGCUUUGCAAGGUUAACGAACGCAACCUGGAGCUGAUGAAGGAAAGCGAAUUCAUCAAGUCGAAGCUUCGCAUUAUGGACCAAAACCGUGAGGAAUCUAAAAAUCCUAAAAUGAAGGAUGGGGGAGGAGACAUUUUUAACAACGCCUUUUUGGUCGAUCUGAAAACGGGUCGAACGCCGCCGCAUUACGUACGCGAGCCCGUUCCGAUGUCGGUGCUAAAUCAAGGAAAUUCUAUUGUUCGACCACAUGUAACGUAUAGCAAUGCUGCGGUGUGGUACGCUGACCGAGGCGAUGCGAUUAAUGCCGAGAAUCGAGUAAGUAUGGGAAUCUAA